AUGGACGACUCAAUACCAAACACGCAGCCCUCCUCCGACCCUGCGAAUACGUCCUCCGACGCUACAGUCGCCGACACACAGCCUCAGACACAGACACAGUCACAACCCCAGAUCACCUCCAGCGACGACCCUUCAUCCUUCGACGCGAACGCCGAUCGCGACCUCGAUGCUGAGAUAGGUGGUCCCACAUCCUCAGCUAUGAAUGGGCAGGGCAUGAGCUUAGAUGACGGCGGGGAACUACCUUUACCAUCAUCAGCAGAUCAAGCACCAGUCACGAACAACAGCACAAUGGCAGCACAACAACCCACCGCGGCAGCAACAGCAGGAGGCGAUGGACAAGCAGUAAUCGAACCCCGGAUACCACAAAAGAAAGACGCCAGCCUACGAGAGUUCCUCGGUAAAAUGGACGACUACGCUCCCAUAAUCCCCGACGCAGUAACAGACUACUACCUCACUCUCGCCGGCCUUCCCCCACCACCUCAAACCGACCGCCGUCUGGCCCGACUCCUCGCCCUGGCGACCCAGAAAUUCAUCGCCGAUAUCGCAGCAGAUGCCUACCAAUACAGCCGCAUAAGAUCCACGAAUACUACGUCGAAUAACCCGCUUACCGGGCUCGGUGGCGCGGCGGGUUUCGGGACGGGUAUGGGUGGUGGUGAGGGUGGGGAGGGGGGUGGGAAGGGCGGGAAGAAAGAUGGUGGGAAGGGUCCGGCUUUGGGUGGGCCGAGGGCGGGGUAUGGCGGUGGUGGGGCGGGAGCGGGACAGGGGAGGACGGUGUUGACGAUGGAAGAUUUGGGGAUGGCGGUUGGGGAGUACGGGGUUAAUGUUCGGAGGGUUUAUGAUGGGUCGGGCACGGGUGUCAAGUUCUUAUCAUUUGAUUUGGGGCGUUCUGGAUGA